ACCCUCUCAAGUUUGGACCCUUCAUCAGCAAGACAUCGUUCCAAAUCACUAGUUCAUUACCACUGUGUCCUAUCACUGGUCUCUCUCUCUCGUGCCGUCUAUUCACCUAUCAGUCUAUCACUUGUGCCAAUAUACAUUCUUCAAAAUGCGCUACAACCAGCUCAUUCUUUCUCUCUUCCUGCUGAUCACCUUCGUCAUCGCUCUACCCACCCCAGCCCCGGUAGAGGCCGUUGCCACUCAAGUAGCCGCCGAUAAGACCAAGACCAAGACCGGAAACAAGAAAACUACCACAAAGACAGCCAACAAUAAUACUAAGAGGCCCGUCUCAAGGGCUGCUGACUGUACCGCAGCCAAGAAUCUGGCUGAUGGCAUCAAAAGAAACAUGGAUAUCCAGGACAAGGAGCUGAGAGAGCUUGAAGCCGUGAGGAAGAUUGUCACCUCUAAGGACGCCUCCAAAAAGCAGAAAGAGUUCACAGAUGCCAAGAACGCGCUUGUGAGGACGGUCAAGGAGGGCAUGUCUGUCCGCGAGAACAACGAGAGCAUGGCAACCAAAAAAAAGGACAAUACUGUCAUUAAAGGCCUGAAAACGGUUGCCGAUGCUCAGAAAAAAGAGCUGAAACAGGUGCAGGAUCUGAAUCUGAAGAACACCAAGGCUAUUGACGAUAUCACCAAGCUCGAGACUGAGUUCAAGGAGGGCAAGAAAAAGAACGGAGAUAACAGGAGGGAUGCUUUGAAAGGUUGCUAAAGUUGACUAUGAUACGUCGAGAGCAAGAGAGCGGGUACGAAGCUGAAACGUCCUCGGAACAUCUUGGAAAGCAAUGAGAUUGGUUUUACCAGCGACUGAUGUUGCGCAUGGCCAAAUUCUCUGUAAAUAUGGCGAAUCUAGCGACAUAGUAGAUUGGAAAGUGCAGAUAUCACAGCGCCUCAUUGCUGAAGUAUGUAGCAG